UACUUAAGCCCAUUGAGUAAGCCAUAUUAGCGUAAUUAUCUCCCAUCGUCAUAUCCGAUACUAUACUAAGUGAAACCUAUGACCCAGUCAGAGUUCCAUGGCCGAAUACUACGUGUAUAUGCCAUCGAAGACAGAAAGAGGUGGUUUGACAAAACAAGAGCUAGCAUUGGCACCCAUGCCAUGCUACUUUGGAUCUAAAGACUGGACAGUGAGCCAGCCAUGCGCACUACCUAAAGAAUGUGAGCUUUGCUUGGAGCAGUUGGGUCCGGAAUCCGCUUAUCGUAUUCUACCGUGUAAACAUAUCUUCCAUUUACCCUGUAUCGACUGUUGGCUCUACACGGAAGAUGCGAGCUGCCCGCUUUGCCGUCGUACAUUCUAUGAAUAUCGCCGCCCAAGAACUCUCUGCGUUUUACCACCUAGCCCGUCUUCUGGUGAUGUAUGGCAUAGACGACGCCAUGCAUCGGUCGGCGGGGUGAGGUCGUGGGUUAAAAAGCGAUUCUCUACUCACUCAUAAGAUGUAUGUUUUACUUCUAUGUGUUUUGUCCUCACUUCACAUUGUAUGGUCAAAAUACAAUGUUUACCGCUCGAUGUUUAAAUAAUGCUAUGACCCCGGUGCAAUCAAUUUGAGAAUAAUCGUUUGUAUCUUCCAUGCA